UAAAGGGGUUUUAUUUUGGAAGUUUGGCCCGGCAGUCAUUCUCCCUAGCUGCCCCCUCUGUGGUGGUGGUCAACAGAGCAGAGUGGAUUGCUGGCGGAUGAGGGCGCUUGAUCGCUACGCGAGACACACUGCCCACUUUCUCUGUUUAAGCGACGUAGCGUGUCUCUACCCCUCCAAGUGGUCUAGACGAUGAGCAGCAAAUAAGGCAAAAACCGCACCAGGAAAGCACGCGUCCGAUCCUGAGAUUGAGUGAUAUGUAAAAGUCGUCCCGGUGAGGACUGAGUCGGGCCGAGCAGUCUGCAGUGAAGAAGAAGCAGGACUUGUAACCCGUUAGUGCUUGCGCUGGCCAUCAGAUGAGCAACUUCUGAAAAGUAAAUCUGCGCCGUGCUUGCAGUUUUCAGCUCCACGCUUCGGAUGAACAUCAUGGCUCUCUCACUCGCCUCUAAUCUCCUGAUUCUUCUCAUUCUUUCCUCCCUGGAUUGGCUGCCCUCUCCAGGAUCUACAUUUCUCACAGACUGGGACCACACGACAUCAUCAGCUCUCAUUGAGCCUCAUUUUACUGAGUGUAUAUCAAGGGACCAGGAGACGUUCCGCUGCUGGUGGAGUCCUGGCACCUUCCACAACCUCUCCUCCCCUGGAGCACUCCGAGUCUUCUACCUUAAGAAAGAGUCUCCUACCAGCCAGUGGAAGGAGUGUCCCAAGUAUAUCCAUUCAAAUAGGGAAUGUUUCUUUGAUGCAAAUCACACAUCCAUAUGGAUCACUUACUGCAUGCAGCUUCGCACUCAAAACAACAUCACCUAUUUCAAUGAAGAUGACUGUUUCAGGGUGGAGAAUAUUGUACGUCCUGACCCGCCAGUGUCUUUAAACUGGACCCUGCUGACUAUAAGUCCUUCCAGGCUAAAUUAUGAUGUCAUGGUUAACUGGGAGUCCCCACCUACUGCUGAUGUUAGGUUGGGAUGGAUGCGUUUGGAGUAUGAGUUGCAGUACAGAGAGGGAAAUACCACAAACUGGGAAGCAUUGGAGAUUCAGCCACACUCUCAUCAGACAAUCUACGGUCUGCACUUAGGAAAAGAAUAUGAAGUACACAUCCGCUGCAGGAUGCAGGUUUUCAUUAAAUUUGGCGAGUUCAGUGAAUCCAUCUUCAUUCAAGUGACUGAGAUUCCUAGCACAGAGUUUCCUGUCCAUCUCACACUGGUUUUUGUAUUUGGGACUGUGGGUAUCCUCAUACUCAUCAUGCUCAUAGUCAUCUCUCAGCAGAACCGAUUAAUGAUAUUUCUGCUGCCGCCUGUUCCUGCACCCAAAAUCAAAGGCAUCGAUUCAGAGCUAUUGAAGAAGGGGAAGCUGGAUGAGCUGAAUUUUAUGCUGAGUGGUGGAGGAAUGGAUGGCCUGCCCAUUUAUGCACCAGAUUUCUACCAAGAUGAGCUGUGGGUGGAGCUCAUGGAGGUCAAUGAGACAGAGGAUGUAGAUAGUGGAGAGAAGGAGGAUAACCGGGGCUCAGACACCCAGAAACUCCUGGGUCAGUCCCAACCUGUCAGUCAACACAUCAACAUAAGUUGCUCUAAUUCAAUCAGUGGUCCAGAUGCUGAGUCCGCCCAGGCCACCUGUUACAACUCAGAUCUCCCUGAAGAAGAAACACUAAUGCUGAUGGCCACGCUUCUACCAGGACAACCUGAUGAAGAGGAAACCUCCCUUGAUACUGUAGAAAGAUCCUCAGCCUCUGAGACAGGUGAAAGACAGCUCAUCCAAACCCAAACCAGAGGGCCCCAGACCUGGGUCAACACAGACUUCUACGCUCAGGUUAGCAAUGUUAUGCCCUCUGGUGGUGUGGUGUUGUCUCCUGGACAGCAACUCAGAAUCCAGGAGAGCAUCUCAGCCGCUGAGAAGGAGACAAAAAAGAAGCGGAAAGAGAGUGAAGACAGUGAGGAGUCUGAGGAACGGAAGCAAAAAGAGCCACAGUUUCAGCUGCUAGUAGUGGAUCCAGAAGGAAGUGCCUACAGUACAGAGAGCAGUAUCCAGCAAAUCAGCACUCCUCCCCCUAGCUCUCCCAUGCCCGGUGAGGGGUACCACAUCAUACAUCCUCAGCCAGUGGAGCCCAGACCUGCAGCCACAAUGGAGGUUAAUCCGUCGCCUUACAUUCUUCCUGACUCCCCCCAGUUUUUUGCUCCUGUUGCAGACUACACAGUGGUUCAGGAGUUAGACAGUCAUCACAGUCUGCUCCUUAACCUGCCUAGCCACCAGACCCCCCCUUCCUGCCUGCCACAGCACCCACUCAAGGCACCUAUGCCUGUGGGGUACAUUACCCCAGACCUGCUGGGAAACCUCUCACAAUAAAAUGACAAAGACAUCAGACCUUUACAUGUAAGGCUGAUUCACCAGGAAGUUACCCGCAGUCGUCCUACCCGAUUCCCGUUGGAAACCAAGUAACUCCCAGCACACUGGGCGGCUGAGAUGUGUACGGGUGUCUAUUUUCAGAGGAUGCUGAAAGGCAGAUAUAAAAGGCUACAAGAUACUCUCUUAACUUCUUUGCAUCUGCUAAAGCAGUUCUUUCUUUUGAGGCAGCCAAAUAUUAACAUCAUAAACCAAAUGCACAGUUAGCUCUGUUUCGUCAGCAUCUCAUGCAUCCAUGCAUGAUUACAGUGAGCCAAGCAAACAUAAUAUCAAUGCUUAACUGCCUUGUGUUGCAUUGUAUCUCUGGCUUAUUGUGUCCAGAGCAAUGACACUGUUACAGUCUUAAUUUUACAGAGUGCUUUCAGUGCAUGACUGAUGGUGUGAGUUUUCACACCAAACAAAGGUCAUUGCUGACGGUGAUGCUGUUUACCCCACGAGGUACUUUAUCAGUUUAUCAAUAGACCGUUCUUAUCUCAUCAUAUCAUAUUAGCACUUCACUAGAGAUAUAUUUUUAUAAAAAAAAACAACCAAGUACACUGUUCAAUACCUAUCCAGAUUUAGCUUGCAUUCCAGUCUUCAUUUUAUCUAAAAGGUAGCUGUUCAUAUUUUCAGAGUAAGUAAUGGAAUUGAGGUCGUAUAAUGUCAAGCUAUGUUCCUCUUAACCUCUAGUUCAAUAGAAUGUUUAAUGCUUUAAACAAAUAGAAAAAAACAUCCAGCACGCGUAUACACACACAAGAGAUACCAAAGUCAGGGCAACAAACACCAACAGCAAAUUAAAGUUAGUCCAGUCACAGUUAUACCUCUUUCUUUUCGUGGAAAGUGUUUAAAGGAAAUCUGGGAAAUGAAGGAAACCACUAACUUACACAUAAGUAGACACAGUAGAGAAAUUAAAACACUUCAUGGACUAGUACCCAUAAUUAAUUGAAUAUCACACGCUGAUAUACAUAUCUAAUUGUGUGGUUUGUUUGGUUUUUUUUUUAGGUUAUUUAUUGACAUUUAAUUUUGACGCCAAGUUCAUACGUUGCACUGAAGUGCAGCACUUGUAUUAUGAGGAAGAAUUCUAUCAGUUUCACUCACAGCUGGGAGAAAACUGGGCUAUACGUUACAGAGCACCACCAAGUGCCUUGCUCAAGGGCACGUUGAUUAAGUAGUUUACCGGAGAGAAAGGGACACAUGCACACAGCUAGCAAUUCAGAGAGACUAGGGCAGCGUAUUUUUUUAACUUAAACCAUAAUGCUCAAGCUUUCUUCUUGGGGUUUGUAUUCCUCUGGUGUAAAUGAAGCAAGCUGAAAGACUGUGAAAGUAUACUUUAAAUGUAAUUAGCUAAAUCUUUCUACCUAUUAACUGCCAAGUGUUAACAGCCUGUGCCUAUAAUAUUAUAAGUGGCUUGCCAGUUCUGUGCCAUGGUACUAUGUUUAUGCAAUCACAACUUGUGCAUUUAUGCAUUGCUUUGUGCAGGCAAGAUCUAGAAGUGGACAGUGUAGGUGAACUGUGCAGAGAUAUCGCUUUUAAAAAUCUGCACAAGCACUGCAACGGCAACACGCACGUGCGUGCAUGCAUACAAGACAAUAAUGCGUAAAACUAUUUCCCUUAAUCAUAUUUUAGUCUUUGACUCGUUCACCUAGUUUAUCAGCUGCAAACCACAAUAAGCAUCCUGCUAAUCAUGCUCACAAAACCUUUCAAAUCCAAAGUGAUUAUGAAAGUUCGUACUGACCACUUGCAAACUGACAUGUAUGUAGCUGCGAGCAUUCCUCCCCAAGAAAAGCUCAGUUAUAUAUUGUUGCUUAAUAAGUUAGAUAUCUUUAUAAUGUUUACAAUAAAUUUGUCCUGGGAAUUGGGGGAUUUUUGUAAUACUAUCAGAAUCAGAAUACUUUAUUAAUCCCGAAGGAAAUUAGGGUUACAGCAGGCAGCACGCUAAUGGCGCAUGCGCACAAUGUGGGUGAAAUCAAUCUGAAUCUGAACAGCCUCCAUUUGGCAGCCUCCAAAUGAGCUUUUCUCACCAUAACACAAAUGUAUUCUACAGAGCAAAGGAAGCACAUCCAGCAUAGAAAUACAUCGUUAAUACAGAUAAGUGGAUAGAUGAGUCAGAUAAUAUAUGCCUUUUAAUCCGACAUUCUCAUAGCAAUGCAAGAGCCAUAAAAUGAUUUUUUUUAAUGGGAAUCUGAUAAAUAUGUGCCACUUCUCUCUAUCUCGCCUUUAUAUCUCAGCAUUAUGUCGUUGCAGCCUGGCGCGAAUGAUCCCAGCGAGUCCUUGCUGUUGCAGAAAAGUCUUAAUAUAUUGACUGUUGCUGUAAAAUUACAAGCAUUUAUAUUUUGCGUCAUUAGUAGUAGCCACAAUAUAUUGCUGCUCAGUGCAUGUAUAUUUCCCGCAUUGAGCCUUACUGUGGUGUCAGUCGAGAGAGCGCAACGAUCAUUAUAACAUGUACGUAAGUGUUUUGCAGGCGACGUCCGUAAUCAGUAGCAUUGUAACGUGACCGUUUCGCCCCGAGAAUCUUUCACAGUGUUUACACUCAUCCAAAGACCCCCAGAAGGCUCUCUGACUUUAUGAAGGAAGAUCAGAUCAUGGGAAAAGCACUGUUUUGAUCCUGUAUCAGUUGUACCAUGGUGAUUUUUAAAAGUGUACAAACUGAAAUGUGGAAAAAGGAAAAAAAGGAAGAAAAAAAAAGUUUAAUCUGUUAAAGUGUUUUUUAAAGGUUACAGUACGAUAGAAAUAUUUGGGAGGUGCUUCUUUUCUUCAAGCUGUGCAAAUGUUUACUACAUUUCAAAUGUUAUUUCAAGCUUAUAAAUGUUACAGACACUUUAGAAGAAGCACUUUGUACACGUACAAUAUAUAUCUGAUGUAGACAUAUUUUGUAUCAAGUGAGUGAAAAAAAACAGCGCUAUAAACUAGUAUUAUAUAUUUUCUAGUCAGCAGAGUAAUCAGAAAGUGAGGAACAGUAUCAGUGUCGAUAAGCUUCAGUUUUGUUUAAAGAACGUAUUUUACACAGAUUGCUUUUAACAGAUUACUAGAAAGAUGUAUUGUAAUGUAGUAUUUAAUAUUUGCUAGAAGAUUUAUAGAUAGAUAAAUGCAGAUUUUUAAUGAAGUCAUAUCAAAAAAGAGGCAGAGUGAAUAGGUAUAUUGUAACUCUGUGCUCGGACUUUCCUCCCGCUAUGUGAUUUCAGCAUUUCAUUAUUUGAAAGUGCAUUUUUUGACAGGGGUAAAAUAUUUUAUAAUGAUGCCUUUUAGCCCCCAGCCUGUCAGUCCAAGUGUGGCUUUUGUCGUUCUACAGUGUCUGGAAGUAGUUUUGCUGGAAUCUGUGCUGGUUGUUGCUCGUUAUCAAGCAAAGAGCACCGAGCCACACAUUUUUCAGCUUGUUGAGGAAACACUUUCAUUCUUGACUUGAGUACAGCGGUAUACAGCCUGAUUUUUAAUGACCUUCAGUGGUUUCACUCUCUUUCCUUCCAUGUGCUAUUUAUUUGUCUGCCCCACCACCUUAGCCAAAUUAACUGUGAAUGGUGCUGCAUGAGUAAUAUUUUCGCUGCCGUGUUGUCAUCUUGAUUAAUAAAGCUGGAAAUGUUCUGCAUGCCAAAAUCAGACCCAUCACCAUUGUGGUCUCAAGUAUGACGUUUCGGUUUGCAUUGGCUUGUUUUCUUCAUAUUUUGACACAAACCCCUCACACCCACCCCCUCCGUCCUUGGAGCCGCUGUCCUUGUCUGUUGGCUGCUGUUUUACUCGGGGCUAAGAACUUGUUUGUGAUGUUUAUUUGAUAUUGUUCUCUUGCCAAUUGAGCCUUUCUGAUGUUGUAUAUGUGAUCAAUAAGCUCUCGACAAGUUACAAAAUAAAUAUACAGCAUCUUGGUCAUUAUUUUUGUCAUGUUGUCUUCAAGAAUGAAAAAAUAAAGAUGUUUUCAAAGGCAAAUCUAACUGCUAA